AUGACAUUAGACGGGCUAGCGGAAUUCGACGAAAUGUGUGGAAAGAUGGGGAGGAAAAAAGCAACAGAAACCAGGACACUUCGCAAACACGAAGAAGGUGUGAUCAGCGUCAUCGAAUGCUUUAUAGACGGGACCACGCUUAGAGCAUUCCUAUCGAUCGCGGCUCGCUUGACUUAUUCUGUCUCUCGACCUCGCAGUAUUCGCACAGAUCGUACUCACUCGGCCAUAUUUCAUGCCAAGCUGAUAAGGGAGGACCGAAGGCUGUUCUGGAUUGAUCACAUGUCGGUUGUUCUAUCUCGGAUAGUUACACUUACUGCAGGAACACUUUAUCCUGCCUAUAGAAGCUACAAGGCUGUUCGAACCAAAGAUGUCCGAGAGUACGUGAAAUGGAUGAUGUACUGGAUAGUGUUCGCGAUUUAUACCUUCAUAGAAACACUCGCUGAUAUCUUUAUUUCGUUUUGGUUUCCAUUUUACUAUCAGCUGAAGAUUGUGUUCGUAAUAUGGCUAUUAAGUCCAUGGACUAAAGGAGCGUCAAUUCUAUAUCGGAAGUGGAUUCAUCCUACGUUAUCCAGACAUGAACAAGACAUUGAUGCUUUGCUAGAGCAAGCUAAAUCAGAAAGCUACAACCAGCUAGUUCGUUUUGGCAGUCGCAGUCUACUAUGUGCCCGCGACAUAGUUGCCGAAGCAGCCCUGCGUGGUCAAGCUCAACUAGUUAAUCAACUGCAAAGGUCAUACAGUGCAAGCGAUGUUAACCGGGAACGUGUGGAAGACUCUCGAAAGCGUAUCCAAGUGGAAGAAAUUGUUGAGCUAGAAGACGAAAGCAGCGACCAUGAUCGAUCUGGAGCUCAGAAUCCUGAGGACAGUGAGGUGCCGCGACGACGUGCGAAUCGUUCUCGGUCUGGUUCCCGUACGUUAGAAGGCGGUGAAAAUACCUACAACACAAUGCCUCGAAGAAGUACUCGUAGGAAUGAAAUUCGGUAG